CAUCUAAUACGAAACCCAACAAUGAGCUGCACGUUACCUAUAAAUAAUAAUAAUAAUUAAAAAAGAAAAAGAAAAAGAGAAAGGAAGAAACCAGAACCGCACGCGGGAGUGGGGCUGCGAGGUCCGCGCUCUUAUACUAGAUGUCGCAUUGGUCUAACGUGUGCCGACAGAGCUGAUGGAGGGAGAAUGGAAGCAGAAGAGGCUGUAUCCUUUGCUCGGAACUCUCUCUAUUCUCCUUUUUCUCUACUUCAACUUCUCCGAUCACUUCAAUUUUCCUGUGCUGUGGCUCCCUGCCAUAGGCUUCGUGGGGACGAACUCCACCAAGUUCGUCAUUGUCGAACCUGAUGGCUCUCACCAGUCCACGCUCUACAUCAACGGCUGGAACUCCUACUGGUUGAUGGAGGAGAGCGUCUGGGGCCCUUCGAGAUCUAGGGUUUCAAAUAUGCUCAGAAGAGGAGCUGAGAUGGGUAUGAGCGUUUGUCGAACUUGGGCUUUCAAUGAUGGAGAUGGCCCCAAUUCUCUUCAGAUAUCACCUGGAGUCUUCAAUGAAAGAGUGUUUCAGGGCUUAGACUAUGUGAUAGUUGAAGCUAGGAGGCACCAAGUCAGAUUGAUCCUCAGUCUAGUCAAUAAUCUGAAUGCCUACGGUGGUAAAGCACAGUAUGUGAGGUGGGCACAAGAAGCUGGAAUCAAUGUCUCUUCCUCAACUGAUUCGUUUUUUUCACACCCAACCAUAAAAGAUUACUACAAAGCUUACAUCAAGGCUGUUGUGACAAGAAAGAAUUCCUUGAGUGGAGUUAAAUAUUCUGAGGAACCAGCUAUAUUUGCAUGGGAGCUCAUGAAUGAGCCUCGGUGUGCAUCAAGUUCUUCUGCUCCUAUUCUGCAGGCUUGGAUCACAGAAAUGGCUGCAUUUAUCAAGAGUUUGGACCAAAAGCACCUUGUCACUGUUGGGCUUGAGGGAUUUUAUGGUCUGAAAACGACUGAAAGAUCUGGAGUGAAUCCUGGGGAUUGGGCAUCUAAGCUUGGAUCAGACUUUAUACAAAACUCAGCAAUUGAUGAUAUUGAUUUUGCUUCAGUUCAUGCAUAUCCUGACAGCUGGCUCCCAGAUGCUGAUUUGGAAGAGAAAGCAAAUUUUCUUUCACAUUGGGUGGAUUCUCACAUAAGUGAUGGGGAAUAUGUCCUGAAGAAACCAGUUCUUUUCACAGAAGUUGGCUCCAUUAUGCAUAGGAAGAAACAAGGAUUAUAUGAUACAGAUACUUUCUUGAAGACAGUUUACGAUAAAAUUUAUGAGUCUGCAAAGAAGAGGCAAGCAGGAGCAGGAGCCUUGAUCUGGCAGUUACUAGUUGAAGGGAUGGAGGAAUAUAGCGACCAAUUUUCCAUUGUUGCAUGGGAUUAUCCCUCCACCCAUGAACUGAUAAUAGAACAGUCAUGUAGGCUUCGGAGCGUUUUUGCAGAAGGCCAAGUGGAAAGGAAACUUCAACAUGGUGAUCUCUGCUUUGGUAAAGUAUUUAACAACAGCAAUGAGUAAGCUGGAAAAAAAAGAAAAAAAAAAAAAAAAAGAGAGAAAAAGGUGCGCUCCACCCAUUUGGAAAGCUCUUUAUGAUUUUUGAUCAAGAAGGUUGAUGGGUAAAUUCUUGAUUGAAUGAACGAGAAAAACAAGGAAGAAACACCGGCAAGAAUUGUUCAUUUGAGGUUUGGGUUUUCGAUAUCACUUAAAGAUCUGUAUAGUUUAUAUAGUGAUACUGACAUGCAUAAUGUUAUCACCCCUAAAUAGAAAGGUUAUGAACCUCUGGCAAAGGCUUGUUGAUGCUGUAACAGAGGAAAUAUGGUGUAAGUUACUUGGGAUUUGUUGUGUUGGUCUUUUGUAUAAAAUAAAUCUGUCUAUUUACUGUGUUA